AUGGCAAAGGCAGCUGCUAAAGGAGGAAGUCUAGUAAAAAGGCUGUUAGCAAGACAGACAAGUGGCAGAUAUUCCACAUGGAAUUUCAAAAUUUACUACAGUUAACUGGAGCCAGAAAGACUAAAGCAGGAAAAUGUUAGGUUGAAUGCAGUGAAAAGGAAGCUUGAAGAUGAUAUUGAUGUGUUGACAUGCAAAAAUUGAAUGGAAAUUGAAACAAGCUUUGGCCAAAAAUAAAAGAAAUUCUGACCUAUACAAAAGGAAAUUUAAAGCAUUAACACAGAAAUUAAUACGGCAACAUAGAAGACAUCAAGAGGUCCAUCAAAAUCCAAAAAUUUCGACAGAAUAAGAUAAUCCAGGUAAAAUUAUCAGGAGAUGGGACCAAUGUUGGGAAAAGUCUUCAUGCUGUGAACAUUACAUUUACGAUUUUGGAUGAAGGCUCAAAGGCAAUUGCAGCUGAUGGGAAUCAUGUGAUUGCAAUCAUCAAGGAGCCAAGAAAAUUAUGAUAAACUUCUUGAAGCCCUGUCAGAUAUCCGAAGAGAUGUGGAAUUGCUUAAUCGUAUGAAGGUCGGAGAUGAAUAUUUUGAUAUUGAGUGGUUUUUAGGUGGGGACUGGAAAUUCCUUGCAUGUGUUUGUGGCCUAGGUGCAGCAAUAUUUCAACCCACCCAUGUAUUUGGUGCAAAUGCCCUUUUAUAUGACCAAUAUAAUGCAACAAAAGAAUGGUCACUUUCAGACACUUCUAAAGGAGCUCGAUCAAUUAAAGAAAAUUCAAGAAACGUCAAAGCAAGGAUCCGGAGGGAAAAGUACAAUGUAUAUCCCCCGUUAUUUCCUUGAUCAUGUUGUUAUAGAUAGUCUACACCUUUCCUUCGAAUAGCAGAUAACCUGAUUAACCUACUGAUUUUAGAGUUUCGGCGACUAGAUUCCAUUGACAAAAAAAAAAUUAACGCUUUGAGAGAUCCAAGUACACCCAUACGGCCAAAUGGGAGUCAUAUCUUCAAGAUACUCUGAAAAUACCUUUUCAUUGGUUUGUGUGCAAAGGUUCCAAAAAAUUGAAAUGGCGCGACCUAACUGGCCCAGAGAAGUUAAAACUAUUUAGAAAUAUGGAUAUUCUGAGCUACUACCAAAUCACCCCAAGCAAAGCGAGAUCUCAGAGUUGUGGAAGAGGUUUCUUGAAAUCACAGAAACUUUGAGCUCAGCUGGCACACAAGUUAACAAAGAACACGUUCAGCAGAAAUUCUUGAUUUGUUCUUAAGUUUAUAUCAAACGAAACAUGUCACUCUCUACAUGCAAUGCUCUCACAUGGCAUGUACCUGAAUUUAUUGAAUUAUAUGGCAAUAUUUCCAUAUUUACACAGCAGGGGCUAGAAAAGUUGAAUGACAAAACCACAAAAGAUUUCUUCAGACUGGACUCUUUAAAACAACUUGAUCUAAAAAGAAAUCUAAUUGAACAUUUGGAAGAUAUUGGCUGUCAGCAAGAGAAACGUUGUUAGCUGCAGCAACU